AUGUAACCAUGAACUAUAGAAUGAAAUUCUUAACUUUGGCGCCCUCUACACUGACGCCAAACAAACACCGGCGCGCGGCUAGUGCCCCAGUCCCAGGCCCCAGCCCGCCAUAAUUUUCUUUUUGGCAUUCGCUGUGUCGUUGGCUGUAAACAAUUCUAUUUGCCUCUGUAGGUGUAAAUACAAUUAACUAAAAUGUCUGAUGACGGAUCAACCGCAGUUGAGAAGAAAGGACGUGGUAGACCUAAGUCUAAUGGAACACAAUCAGAAACUAAAGGGGAUUCCAAGAAAAGAGGAAGACCACCAGCAGCUGCAGCUAAGACUAAGGAAUCCAAAAAUUCAUCUGAUGAUGAACAAGCACCUGCAGUCAAAAGAGGAAGGGGCAGGCCAAAGGGUUCCAAGAAAAAAAUGGCUGCUUCUAGAGCAAAGAGCAGUGGUGGUGGUGGCGGUGAGGGGCGAGGUCGUGGCAGACCGCGCAAGGACGCACCUCCGCCCAAGAAAGAUGCUGCUUCUACUGAGGAGGAACAAGAAGAUGAAGAAGAGGAAGAGGGCUCUGACCAGUAAACUUGAUUGUUCAUCAUACAACUCACUCUUAGUGUAAUUGUUUCUCAUCAUAACCCCUCGUGCAUUGGAACUUGUCGUGACAUACAUCAUGUUCUCUAGCUUCUGUAUCAUUUGGGGGUUAUCAUGAUAACACAAGUCUCAAAACAACAUUUCUCCCAAAUUUUAUUCAUGUGAUGAUAUAAUUGAAAUUAUUAUUAGCAGAUUUAAGAAGUCCUCUUUGUGAUUUUAUUGCAUUUACUUGAACUAUUUUACACAAUAGAAAUAUCUUACAUGGCUAAACUUUGGGCAGACUUAGCUCUCCCUAGAAACGUACAACUUUAAGAUAUAAUUUGUAAGAUCCUUUUUUUGUAGAUUUAUUCUAUUUCUAUUAUUAUAGGUAUUUUGUAAUCAUCUGAUUUAUAUUGUAAGAAUCAAUACACUUUUGUAGAUUUAUUGAUUUUGACUCAAAAGUCAAGUAUUAUUUUCUUUAAUAAAUAUUUCAUUAUAA